GAAGCAGCGAGCGAAACGCUUGCUGGAAAGGGGGGGCGCCUGCCCGCUCGGUGCUCAAGGCGGAGGGCUUGCCGCCGAGGCGUGGAGAGCUCGCCCCAGCCGAGGCGCUUCUCAGGCCGCGCCGCGUUUCUUUCCUUCUCCUCGGCAGCGAAUUCCUUACCUCACUUGGAGAGAAUUAACUGAUGGAACUCCUUGCUGCAGGCUACCGAAUUGGCUAAGAAAAGAUUAGUGGACUACUUACAGUGGCUAUGAAUCUACAUCAGGCUGCAUCUUUGAGGGCAGUGUAGCGACCAGUCGUCUUGACCUCUGCUCACAACUGUUCUAAAAGGGAUAAAAAAAUCUACUUGCCUGGAGCAGGCCAGGUAGCGCAAUGGCUCACAGCCAGGCAAGGAAGAGAUCUGGAAGCAGGAGCCAAAGCGAGUCGCAGAGCAGGCAAGAUGUGGAGAAGAAGGUGAAAAAGAAGCGGAGGAGGAGCAGCAAGGACUCCCGCAGCAGGAAGAGCCCGUCUCCAGCCGGCAAGAGAGGGCCUGAAUCGCAAGGGCCUCGGAUGGACUCGGCCUCUGCCAAAGAAGUUAAAAGGAAGAAAAGGGACAAGAAAAAGAGAAAAGCCAGCACCACCAGCUCCUCUUCCUCUGAGACUACCAGCUCAUCUUCUGGAUCUUCCUCCUCCUCAGACUCCUCUGCGGAAGAGUCCAGUGAAGAUGAGUGCAAAUCCAAACGAAAGAAGCAAAGCAAGAAGAAGAUGACCAAGGAGAAAGAUAAAAAGCGGAAGAAAAGAAAGAAGAAAGCCAAAAAGAAAGCAAAGAAGAAAUUGAAGGAGAAAGAGAAGGAAGGGAAGACGGCAGGAGAGGAGCUGCCUGGCCCAUCCCUGGAGCAGUGGCAGAAGGAGGCGGGGGCGGACCCUGGGCCGGCCCUGACAGAUGAGCAGAAGUCCCGCAUCCAAGCCAUGAAGCCCAUGACGAAAGAGGAAUGGGACGCGCGCCAGAGUGUGAUAAGGAGAGUCGUUGACCCAGAAACCGGACGGACCAGGCUCAUCAAGGGAGACGGUGAAGUCCUUGAAGAGAUCGUUACGAAGGAGAGACACAAAGAAAUUAACAAGCAAGCCACCCGGGGAGACGGCCUUUCCUUCCAGAUGAGGACGGGGAUGCUGCAGUAACAGGUCGGACCCCACCCUUGCGUGCCAAAGAUGGUGUUCUGCCCAGCUGAGAACAGGCAUAAACCCUGCUCGUUCCUCUGAAAUGCACUUAUGCGCUCCGGGGAUGUACUUUUGGGGGGGCGUCAGGAGAGGGCGUGGGUCUAAGAGCUGCCGCAUGCCUUCGCUGCCUCCCGUUUUGCUUCCGGGCUGCCCCAUAAGGGCUCGAAUCACGACCGACAGCUUGUUUCCUCACCCAGCCCAACUCCCUUGUGGUGAAACCAGAAAGCAGGUUUCCCAGAGCGAGAGAGGGGUGAGUGGCAACAGAAGAAAGCCCCAGGGGGGGAAAGCAGGGCCAGCAACGACAAGGAGAGCACCUGGCGAAAGCUUUUCUUGACAACUCCUGCCUCCUUCUCCAAGGCAGAUGGGCAAACUGCAGCAUCGAGGCCGAACCUACUCAGUCUGGUGCAUUCCAGCUGUUUGCCUGCAUUUCAGGGCAGGGAACAGCUCAAGGGUAGCCCCCGGAAUUUUGCUAGUUGUAGAAAUCUGGAUGAAGAGCGGAGUGUGUUCCCUCUUGUCCUGGGAAACCACCAGUAGCUCCUCCCCGCCACGAUAGUUUGGUGUUGGUCACUCUUGUGGGUUGGCCAGCAAGGGUUAGGCAGGGGCCCCUUUCUGGUUAUAGCCCUGGACCUGGCAUGCGGUCCUCCCUCAGGUUCACCCUUGCGAUGCCUUGCAGAUGCGCUUGAGCUUCAGGACUGUUCCUGCACAACACCCAAGGCCCCUCGGCCACCCCACUGCAGCUUUCCUGGCCCUUCAGUCCAGCCUCUGCCUGUGGGAGAUCUGCAGCGGCAGCAGCGAGGGGCCUGGACUGGCCUCCCAGCUGUGGCACAUGGCAAGGAGCCAACUCCCAGUAGUCUUGGCAAGCAUGGGAGUUGUAGGCCUGGAGCACAGGGAGGGCCCCAGGCUAGAAUCUGAGGCAUGCGUGCCCCGCUGCCCGUAGAGAAACACGAAGGAAUGGAGGUUUCCCUGAUCCCGGAGAGCAGAAACACGCGGGAAAGCAUUAACCUCCGCCGGGGCUGCUGAAUCGCUUAUGCAUUAUUGGCUGGAAUCUGCAACAACAUGUGACGCCUUAAGGCGUUUAAGUCCUUCUUCCACUUGGAUUGCUUCCUGUAGCAGCGAGCCCAUGUGCCACUCAUGCCAAAAGCUUUAUGCAAUCCACAAGCAUCAUUCAUUAAGGGGGGUGUUGUUGCCCUCUGGGGGCGGUUCUGCCUCCCCUGCCACAGCAUCCCCACCCCCAGUCUCUGUUUGGGCAGAUGUCUUACCUGGAGGCAUCCCUGGAGAACAGCUGUCCCCAAACCGGUUGCUGUCCAGACACGGCAGAUUGCAACCACAGGGCUUCAGGAUGGAAAAUACUGUCCUGCAAUGAGGGCAUACUGAGCAGGCCUCCCAAAGAGGCACCUGUGAAAGGUGGGAGGGGUUGUCCACAAACUCUUACAGGCCCUUGAGAAGCAAGGGCUGGGCAUGUUGAUGUAAAUGGUUUGGGUUUUGCUAUGUACCGUUUGUUGAACCAGAAAUUCAUGUAAGGAUUGUCUCAGUGGGAAUCUCCUAUCAUUGGUAUAGAAGGUGUUGUAAAGUAUUUAUAAAAUGCUGUACGGGACAGUCCAGCAGAGGUAAGCCACAGAUUUCAAUGGAAAGUUUAAAAGCGUACUUAACUUUGUUCCAUUGAGAUCAGUGGAACAGCUUAACUUUGGCUUGAUUUUGACCUUAAAGGAUGCGGUCGCCAUGCCUUCUUCCCCCGUAACCACCACUUCUGCUCUAGUUCCAAUGCUCCAAAUAACAAAUGCCACACUAUUGUACAAUAUAAAGUGCUACUACAAUCUGUUCAUCAAAGCAUAUAAAUUUCUAUCCAUCUGAAUUACCUUCUGUGUCUCAGGGAAUCAUCUGUCUGUGGGUAGAGGACAUGGGCCUGUUUCCCAAGUCAGCUUGGCUGUUCAAGCCAUGGGGGUGUUAAUAGACCUUGGAAGCCCACUGGGUGCAGAACAGUGGUGCAGCAGACGGACCUUUGAUCAGAAUUGAGGAACAAGAUGCCUCUAAACACACAAAUGUAUGAUCGGUACCAGAACGAAACCACAGAUCCUUCCACAGAAAAAUCCACUGCUAUUUCCCUCCAACAGUUCUUUUGUAAUCAUCUAAUUUAGGGGAGAAAUGCUUUCUAAUUCUUGCAAUUCUUAGAAACUGGGAGUCAAACUUUGCAGAUCGAGUCCUGAUCACUAGGAUCUGCUGCUACAUCUUGAUCUACCUUCUGCCAACCCAUGUUAAAAACACUUUGGAGGCGCAAUGUCUGAAAAAGGGGGUACAAGUUACAUUUUGCAGGAGGAGGACCGCUGCAUCGUAGAGCUCAGAGGACAGGAUGUCCUCUUGACCAAGCUGCCAGCUCCACCGAUUGAUUCUUUUCCCUAACAACUGAGAUCAGGCUGUUUGCUUCCCUGCUCUCCUGCAGGAUCCAGGGUCAACUAUAAAUUCAUCUCAUCUCAGGGUACCUAUUUUGACCCUGUGAAAUCGGUAUUUCUGUGAGGCUGCGGCUAGCUUGAGCUCUUCGUGGCUAGCCACAAACCUCUCCCACACCCGUCCUCAGUUGGGCUCACUGUGGAUCGCUUUGGACGCAACCAACCCCUCGUCACUCACUGCCGGGGUAGUUAGAGUGACGUGCAAAGAACCGUCUGUUUCCUGUACUUUCCUCCUGCAAGUGAGCUACCGCAGAGGUUCUGGCUGAUUACCGUGGAAGCGAAGUGCUGGCUGAGAAAGACCCCUGUUCCUUAGGAUCCCAAAGCCAGUUUCUUAAUCCUGAACAUUGCUAGCUAGUUCCUUCUCCUGAAAGCCUCGCAAAGAAGCAGACACUGCAAGAGAGCCUUCCCAUUUCUUUUAAUUGGUGUUAACGUACAAGUGAUAACCGUACACAAAACACACCCAGGCGUAGGACAAGGCGGCAGUAACAGCGAGGGAAAGAUGAUCGUCACGUACAAGACCGGGAGGAUCGACGGAGUCAUGCACACACAAAACGUAAUAAGAGAGAUGAACCAGCAGGACCCGGCUGGACUCGGGGACCUCAGUUGUGCCUUUCUGUACUUGAAUAGCCUCAAAUGGGUCCGUUCCCUUCUCCCGCCCCACCCUCACACUCCAACCACAUCCUUAUACACCCGUCUUCCCCCACCCCCCACCCCGUCAAUUCAACAAAAGAAACACUGCUGAAUGCAAAAUUGAAAUGGUUGGGGAGGGCGCCUGGGGCUUCAAGGCAAAAUUAAAGUGCUGGGAGAGAACAAGACACCUGGCAGCAACGGUAGAGAUACCGAACAAGAGGGACGGCUCCAGCUCAUUAAAUGUGGGACAAGACGGUCGGGGGCAGCAGCGUUCGUUCGCAACCCCGAAAGCAUCCGAUUUCCCUUGACUUCGCUUCAGGACAGUGUGAACAUUGUUCGAAGAAAUUAAAAGACCUGUUUGUCAGAAGACGUUCACAAUCCAGCCCAGUGUAAAUUAAUGAAGCGCGACCUUGUUUUGGGAAGAAGGUAUAGAAUAAAGGCUGGCCUGUUUUCCAUCA